AAAUACCCACCGGUAUUUCGGAUUAAGUUCUACAAACUUGAAUUCUUCAAUCAAGGUUGUCUGUCCAGAAUGAUUGGGUUGAUUAAAAACUAGUUUGAAAACCCACUCAGUGUAAAAAAUAAGUCUAGACACGAUUAUCUAUGAAUAUAAUUAAGGAUUGACACCGAUAAUAGUAACGGAGUUGACUUGGUCCAACUUUGUCAUUCCGCGGACUGGGGUUCAAAUCCUGGUUUAAGUUUUCUUACAUUGAGGGAAUUCCCUAGCGGGUCCAACUUACGGCGAAUCAUCGUGAUUCGUGGUAAUUAACGAUGAAUCACGAUAAAUUAGAUCCGUCAAGGGAGAUAUGUUACAUUAGUGAGCAAAAUGACACCAAUAAGGUGAAGGGAAGUGAUUUCUUUAUUGGCACUUUUUAUGAGUUGAAAUUUUCAUUUAAAAAGGAAAUAAUAAAUUAAAUGAUGCAAUUGGUUGAAUAAUAAUAACUCUAGGCCUUUGUUUCUAAAUAUAGGUUUUCCUGUCAUUUGUAAUAAAAAAUCUGCAGGCAGUUGGCAUUGUAGGCUAAUGGCAAAACGUUUCCUUAUCUAGAACCCAGAAGCACUGAAUGUUGACAUUUUUAUUCAGAGUAAUAAAUCAUUGAUUUUAUCGGUCAGGUAGUCAAAAAAAAUUCGGACUCCGUUGACCAAAAGUUACUCGUAAAUAAAUUCAAUCUAAAUAUACUAGCACGCGGGUCUCACGUUGAUGAGUGCGUCAUUAAGGAGACAUAUAAAAGACGGCCAGUCCCGUUGGCAGACAGAAUGUUAUUGGCAGCCAACGAGCUAGAUCAGCCUAGACGAAAUGGAGAAACAAUACGCGACUAUUUUUUAUAAAGAAUUGGGCGUCUAUAUUGUAGUGCCUAGUGAAUGGCCGGGUCGUGCAGAAAACCUAGUGUUGACCUUAGCAGAGAGGAUAAUCGAACAAUUCGACUAUGUCAGUCCUAUUCUACAAAUCAAUAAUAUACCAACACGAUUGAGCCGUUGCAUCAAUAUGCUUGGAACUUAUUACAUUUUUGAAGAAGUGUCUAAAAACGAAAUGAUGGGUGCUUUUACCUUCAAUGUAGAUGUUCCUCAAAAUGGAGACAGUAUUAAGAUAGAAAUUACCAGCGGAAAGAAUUUGGACAACGACACAUGGUCAAACAACGAGACGUGUGUCCUACCGGAUGUCAGUAGAAUAUCACAUCAGCCAAUAUUUACAAAAUUGUGUGGGAAUGUGCUAUCCAGUAUAGACAACAACAAAAGCACAGUUCAUCGACGACUACUUCGGAGUAUUAAGCACAGAAUUCAUCAACGGAAGCACAGCUGCGGUUUUCCAGAAAAACAUUGAAAAAGCGUGGAACUCAUUAGCUGCUUGGGGAAAUAAAAUAGCAGUUAAACAAUGAAAUGAUGUCAUGCUGCUUUUGACGGUCGUCGUGACAUCACUUUAGGCCACUGGACAUUAUCAAUUAAGCUCAGCAGUCAUUACGGAGAAGCUAAUUAGGUCAUAACUAUUAUACUGUUGCAAUGUCAUUUUUUUUGGAUCUCUAUAAUCUAGGUUAUUAUGUGUGUAAAAUGUAAGCUAAAAAAAUAAAGAAAAAAUAUUAAACAUUAACGGAGUUGUUGUCUUUUAUUUAUACCAACCUCCUGACAUUUUGGUGUUGACGUUUUAUAUGACAUAUCAAGUUCAAAAUAUUUAUCAGGUUUCGUAAUUAACACCUGAUAUUCCCGACAAUUUACCAUUAUAUCACCUUAUCACGAGAAGAGCUAGUCUCCUACGUGAUGUCCCCAAGGUUAUUUUUGUUUAUUAAAGUAUCAUUGCUAAAAUCCAUGUUUUCUAAACAUACCAGUAUUUAUCUAUCACAAGAAACAAUUUAAAGAUAAUUAAAGACAAUUAUCCAAUGUAAUUAUUUUUAAUGAUGGUUUGAUU